CUGACUCCACCUCUGCUGCAGUUCAUCUUUUGUUAAAACCAUUUAUGCUUUUUGUGUUUUUUUUUGUGGGAUAUAAGUGUUACUGUUUUUGACCUACAGCUGUCCAUGUAAUGUUGAUACACGUACAGUGAUGUUGGUGAAAAGAAUUCCAGGAUUUUCACCCAGUAACAACAAAGGGACAGUGAUCUAGUUCUAAGGCAGGAUGGUGUUUGGCUUAGAGGGGAACUUGUAGUGGUGGUGUUCCCAUGUAUCUGCUGCUGUUAUCUUUCUAGAUGGUAGGUAGAGUGCAUUUGGACAGUCGUGCCUUCAGCUUAAAGUGGCUAAGCAAUUCAGCUUCUACUGUGAGCCGCCUCUCUGACUCUCUUUUCAGAUGCUCAUUCAAACCUAGGCCUUUCACCACAUAUUUAGUCACCUGAAAUAACGUAGCCUUAAAUAAAGAGAUUUCUGGGCAAACACAGAUCUGGCAGUAUCUGUAGAGCGAGGAGAGUUAACUUUUUUUUAAGUUUUUAACUUUUUUUUCUUCUUCAGAAAAGUUUUAGGUAUAUACACAUUGUUGCUGGGUUUGCCAAGUAAGUAUCUGUGAUCUUUGAUGGUAGAAUGUGAGGAGUGAGUGUGUGGAUUCGGUGUGGAGAGUAACAGAGUUAAGUCAGUGAUCUGAUGCGCUGCCUGUUUUCCAGGAUUCGAUGAGUGAAACCCUGAAAAAGUGCUAUGUUUAUCUGAACCAGACGAGCCGCAGUUUUGCUGCUGUCAUUCAGGCACUGGAUGGUGAUCUACGUCAAGCGGUGUGCAUCUUUUACCUGGUGUUGCGGGCUCUAGACACAGUGGAAGAUGACAUGUCCAUCCCCCUGGAGGUGAAGAUCCCAAUGUUACAGAACUUCCACACUUAUUUGUACCAGCCUGAGUGGAGGUACAGCCAGAGUCGGGAAAAAGACCGCCAGGUGCUGGAGGAUUUCCCAUCGAUAUCCUUGGAAUUCCGCUUACUGGCCAAGGUUUACCAGGAUGUGAUUGCAAAUAUCUGCCACAAGAUGGGAGCUGGCAUGGCUGAGUUUUUGGGAAAAAAGGUUGGAUCCAUCAAAGAAUGGGACACGUACUGUCACUAUGUGGCAGGACUUGUGGGAAUCGGCUUGUCCCGUCUGUUCUCGGCCUCUGAACUUGAGGAUCCAGUUGUUGGGCAGGACACUGAACUGGCCAACUCCAUGGGGCUCUUCCUGCAGAAAACCAACAUCAUUCGGGAUUAUCUGGAGGACCAACAGGAAGGUCGGGAGUUCUGGCCACAGGAGGUGUGGAGCAAGUAUGCAGAGAAACUGUCUGACUUCACCAAACCCUCAAAUGUUCAGGCAGCACUGCAGUGCUUGAACGAGCUGAUUACAAAUGCUCUGCAGCAUGUCCCAGAUGUCAUCAAGUACUUAUCCCGGCUUCACAAUCAGAGUGUCUUCAACUUCUGUGCGAUUCCACAGGUGAUGGCUAUAGCCACACUGGCUGCUUGUUAUAACAACCCGCAGGUUUUCCGUGGUGUGGUGAAGAUCCGGAAAGGCCAGGCUGUCACCCUGAUGCUGGAGGCAACUAACAUGGAAGCUGUGAAAGGGAUGAUUCGGCAGUAUACCCAAAUGAUUGGACAGAAAGUUCCAGGUGCAGGGAGAUCUGGAGCCAGAACGCAGCAGAUUGUGGUAAAAGUGGAGUCCCUGAGCCAGUGUGAUGGGGAACUGAUGUCCCGUGGUCAUCUUUCACCCAUUUACCUGUCCUUAGCCGUAUUCUUGGCUGCGGUUAGUUGGCAAUACUGGCAGACCCUGACUCACAGCUCAGAGGAGUAUGUACAUGGGCACUAAGCAGCUUUUCCUUUGUUUUAAUCUCUCGCUAAUUUUCAUUCUACAAUGGGAAGAAGAACAGGAGAGUUUUGUGACUUGUGCUGUUACUCACUCCAGGAGAUAGCUCCGCUGUGAGGCUGAAGAGAGUUAUUCAUUCUCCGUAGAUCAAUGCAGUAAAGCUUCACUUCUAGACUGCAAGCAGGCAGCACCAGCCUGUACCCCACCGGGUGCUGUGGCCAGGCACAAGGUUCAAAUGAGUACAUUGGUAAAGGGAGAGCAUGAAAGAUUCCUCAAUUGCCAGCAAGUCUCUGAUGGGAUGAGUUUACACAGACUCAAUUGGAACAUACUGAUGCAUGCCUAGCCCUCAGCCAUAUAAUUGGAGCCUCUGUACCAAUCCUGGGAAUGUUUGAUGGUGCAGUGGAGAGGGUGCUUUACUCUGUAUCUAAACCUAUGCUGUCCCUGUCUUGGGAGUGGUUGAUGGACACAGUUUGGAGGGAGAUUUACUCUGUAUCUAAUCCCAUGCUGCACCUGACCUGGGAGUAUUUGUUGGGGACAGUGUACAGGGAGCUUUACAUUCAGUUUAAAAGAGUAGAAUAAGCUUCACCCUGUAUCUAACCUUGUGCUGUAUCUGUCCUGGGGGUGUCAGAGUUGGUGUCUCUGUGACCCCCACCUCCCCAAAUCCACAUGAGAGUUGUUGUGUGGGACCAUGCAGAACCCCUCGUUCCACUGCUGUGAAGGUCUGCGUCCAAGUGUCACCCCUUCUCUCCCCGCAACCUCCUUCAAUCUUGGUGUUCGUGAGGGGCCUCAACACCUGACUGAGGAAAGCUACUGUUUCUGGUGUUUGUCCUUUGUCAUUCCCUUGUUGAUCAUUAGAUUGCUUGUUGAUAAUUCAAUAAAUGACUACAAAUGCC